GCGUGCCGUGUUUUAAUUCCGCUCGUGCCCGCGAACAUUCUUUACGGGUGAAACGCGUUUGCAGACGAGAAUUCAUUUUCAGACGAUUAUGUUUGUGUUUGGGUUCGUUAUCAAUCCGGAUGACGAAUGGGCCUGUCAGAAUGUUGCCAGUCAAAACAUUUCCCCUCCUCUCUGCUUUUUUUUCUUCUUCUUUUUUACCAAACUUUCUCAAGCGUCUGGAGGGACGGCUGGGAAACCGGUGACGCGCUCUUAUCUGGGGACUUGGAGAAAUAGUGUAACGCGAUCAUCGCGCGGCCGGUGGAUAGAGUCGUUAUCAUCGCGCGAGCUCAAAUAGCGAAGUCCGACGAGGCCGUGGAAGAAAAGCGGGGUGGGUUUUUUUUUUUCCCCCGACGCUUAUAAGAAGUCGCUUCGAGGCGCGUGCUCGCGCGUGCGCGCGCAGGCAGGGGUUCGAGCGGAGCUGUCGGUCGAUACUGAGAUGUCGUGAGAGUCCGAGAGUCACAGCCUGGGCUCUCCUGACGGGGCGAGUGUGUUUGCUUUGACUCGCGCGGACAUGCGGCGCGAGCGCAGAAGUCCGGCGCGACUCCGCGCGGCGUCUCAGUGCGUUUGAGCGCGCGCCGCGGCCUGACCGGUUACCCAGCGACUCUUCUCCGAGGGGCACAUGAAAGUCCACCACCGUCACCCAUCAUCUGCGCUGCCCUUACAGUCGGACAUGCUGAAGCCGGGCGAGCCGAGCGGUUCUGCUUUCCUCAAAGUGGACCCGACCUACAUCCAGCACUGGCAGCAGCUCUUCCCGCAGAACGGCGCGCUCAAAGCCGCUUCUCUGCCGCCUCCGGUGCCGCUGGAGAACCUCCGCCUGCAGAGACCCAGCCUGAUCUCCUCCACGGCGUCUCCCGCGGCGCAGGGCGCGCUGUUCGGACAGACCCCGGGCUCCGACGGCGGCGGCGCGUCUCAAGCCAAAGAACUUUGUUCGUCGUCCAACUUCAAGAACGAUAAAGGAUCGCGGCUGAAGCUGAGCUCCGAGGAGCUGGACUAUUAUCUGUACGGACAGCAGCGGAUGGAGAUCAUCCCGCUCAACAACCACAACGGAGACCUCAACAACCGCUGUGACAUGUGUGCGGACAACCGUAACGGCGAGUGCCCGAUGCACGGACCCCUGCACUCGCUGCGGCGCCUGGUGGGGACCAGCAGCUCCUCGGUGACCGCUCCUCCUCCCGAGGUCCCGGACUGGCUCCGAGAUCUUCCUCGUGAGGUGUGUCUGUGCACCAGCACCGUCCCGGGUCUGGGAUACGGCAUCUGUGCGGCCCAGCGCAUCCCGCAGGGGACCUGGAUCGGGCCCUUCCAGGGAGUCCCGCUGCCGCUGGAGAAGGUGCAGUCGGGCUCCGUGAGAAACACUAGACACCUAUGGGAGAUUUAUGAUCAGGAGGGAACCUUACAGCACUUUAUCGACGGGAAUGAACCCAGUAAGUCGAGCUGGAUGAGGUACAUCCGCUGCGCCAGACACUGUGGAGAGCAGAACAUGAUGGUGGUGCAGUACAGGUCGUGUAUCUUCUACCGGGCGUGUGCAGAUAUUCCUCGAGGAACCGAGCUCCUGGUCUGGUACAACGACAGCUACACGUCUUUCUUUGGGAUCCCGCUGCAGUGCGUCGCUCAGGACGAAAACUUGAACGUGCCGUCUACUGUCAUGGAGGCCAUGUCUCGUCAGGACUCACUGCAGUCCUUCAGCAAGAGCCCCAAACCCUCGUCUUCCUCGCUGCUGCUGCCUCGCUCCAUGGUCUUCCCUCAGUCGCCCUGCUCCCGGAGCUUCUCUCUGCUGGACAAGAGUCACGCCGAGUCCAGCCUGAGCCAGAUGAGCGGGAAGAACCAGCGGGUCCUGGCCAGUCCCACGUCCACCAGCCAGCUGAGCUCCGAGUUCAGUGACUGGCAUCUGUGGAAGUGUGGCCAGUGCUUCAAGACCUUCACGCAGAGGAUCCUGCUGCAGAUGCACGUGUGCACGCAGAACCCCGACAGGCCGUAUCAGUGCGGUCACUGCUCUCAGUCGUUCUCUCAGCCGUCCGAGCUCCGGAAUCACGUGGUCACUCACUCCAGCGACCGGCCCUUUAAGUGCGGUUACUGCGGCAGAGCCUUCGCCGGAGCCACGACCCUCAACAACCACAUCCGCACACACACCGGGGAGAAGCCUUUCAAGUAAGUACCAGUGUGAGCGGUGCGAGCGCAGCUUCACGCAGGCCACUCAGCUCAGCAGACACCAGCGGAUGCCCAACGAGUGCAAACCCAUCAGCGAGAGCAGCGAAUCAAUCGAGGUGGAUUAACUGAUUGACCGGCCCGAAUUAAACCGCACCGAGAAUCAUGAUUAAAUGUCACGGACACUUAAGCAAAACCAAAGAUUUCCUCGGAGAAACCCUCAAUCACACGCAGAAAACCAAAAGCAGUAAUACAAUAAGAGAGACAUUAAGAGAUAUC